AUGGCUGAAGAGCACAGAUUAGACAUAGUGUCCACCUCAGAUCAAACACAGAAGGCGGAAGAAAAGAAAUUACACUUUAAUUUGAUUCGCAACUAUCCUCAGAAGAACGCUGAGAUCCUCAGCAGCCAGUAUGGCUUCAAUAUCUUCCUGGUGGGGCUUUUGCUGAUGUUCGCAUGGGCCAUCCAUGCAGUUGGGAUAACAGACAGAGAUCUCCUCUCCUAUCUGAUAACACUGAUGCUCAUUCAGUUGGUCUGGAUGCUCUGGUAUAUAUUUGGGAGCUACUCUCAGAGAAGGACAAUCAUAGAGAAAGAUACGGAUGCUGGAGCCAGGUGGCUACGAUGUGGCAUCACGCUAUUUGCAGUCAUCACCCUUAUUUUGGAUUCCUUCAAAAUUGGCUACUUCAUUGGGUUCUCUGAGUGUUUAUCAAUAACAGAGGGGAUAUUUCCAGUGACUCACACCAUCCACACACUUCUACAGGUAUACUUUUUAUGGUUCCACGCUAAAGAUGUCAUACAGUCCUUUAAAACUCUUGAAAGGUUUGGUUUGAUCCAUGCUGUGUUUACGAACCUUCUUCUCUGGGCUAAUGGCAUACUAACAGAAUCAAAGCACCAACUGAAUGAGCACAAGGAAAGGCUCAUUACUCUUGGCUUUUCCAACAUUACAAUGGAUCACCAUACACCAGAAUGCAACUGCACAUCAAACGUGUGUUCCAUAUUUUCACAAGGAAUAUACUACUUAUAUCCAUUCACUAUUGAGUAUCAUAUAUUAGCCUCUACAAUGUUGUAUGUCCUAUGGAAGAAUAUUGGGCGCCAUGUAAAACACCAACAGCAGCAGAAGAUUCACUUCAAGUUCCAUGGUAUAACAGCCGGCACCAUACUGGGGCUGAUUGUCCUUACAACUACCAUCGCUGUCCUGGUUGUGUAUCUCAUCCAGAUUGGACGUUCAAAGAGCAAAAGUGAACUGGCCCUAACCAUGUUUUAUUUAUUUGCCAUUACAGUAUUGACACUCAUGUGUACAUCUGGGAUUAUUGGACUUAUCAUAUACAGACUGGAGAAUAAGUCAUUAGAUAACACUGAAAGCCCAGCCAAGAAGUUGGACUCAGAUCUUCUGGUUGGUUCAGCUUGUGGGUCUUGGUUAAUCUCAUGGGGAUCUAUCUUGGCUAUUAUUUGUGCAGAGACCCGCCCUGAAUACUCAUGGUACAACUUACCUUAUUCCAUCCUGGUAAUUAUUGAAAAAUACAUACAGAACCUUUUCAUCAUUGAGUGUAUACACAGGAAAGAAGAAGAACCGAUAGAUGGUCGAACUCUUGAAAAAAUAUUUUCCAUGUCCAGCAGAAGUACUUUGUCCCUGACACCUUCAUAUGAAGUUUUCAAUGAGUCAGUCACUAUCUGUAGCAAGGAAUUUCCUUACAUGUCCAAUUCCGAACUGUCUUUAGGAGAAGCCUCAGCAGAGGACAAAAAGAGUCAAGAAAACAAUAAUUCCAUUAGACUUUCUCCAUCAGCUAUUGCUUUACAGGCAGCAAGAUCAGAGAAACUUAACAAAAAAAGAAGAGUCCUUAAGAAUAUUGCAGCAUUUCUCUUCCUUUGUAAUAUUUCGCUCUGGAUCCCACCUGCCUUUGGUUGCCGUCCUCAGUAUGACAAUGGCUUGGAGGAAGUCGUGUUUGGUUUUGAACCUUGGAUAACAGUAGUUAACCUUGCCAUGCCCUUCUCUAUCUUUUACCGAAUGCAUUCAGCCUCUUCAUUAUUUGAAGUAUAUUAUCGGGCUGUGCAGCGUCGCGGACUCGAGGGCUUCCUAACCCCCCGGUCCGCCGACGUCAUCAGGGAACUCCCCCUGCCGCAUCAUAAGCGCCAGCAAUACGGAAGACUGGCGUUCCAAUAUCCUGAUAGGAACGCCAGACGGAUACGGGAGACCACCGCAGCACUCGCCACAUACCUGGACUCUGGAUCGGGCCCCUAG